CAAACUUUACCAGCACACCAUUUGAAGAGCCUCACAAUGUUGGACUCUUCUACAGCUUGGGACUUCCCAGGCAUCUCUCGUUUUCCCUCAAUUGCAAUUCUCUCAUCCCUCUGCUGUUUCCGCCCCCAGGCCAUCACUUGACUUUCCCAAUCACUGGUCGUAAAGCUAUCUCAGCCCUGUGAAACAAAAUGGUCAUCAAAAUAGGAAUCAACGGGUUCGGUCGCAUCGGUACUACCGUCUUUCGAUGCGCUGUUGAGCGCUCAGACAUCCAGGUUGUUGCCAUAAAUGAUCCUUUCCUCGACCUCAAACGCGCUGAAUACCUAAUGAGGUAUGAUUCUACUCGUGGCACCUUUGAUGGCGAGAUAGCAGUGGAGGAUUCCGGCCUCAUCGUUAGAGGCAAUAAGAUCAAGUUCUUCUCAGAAAAGCAGCCUGCUGCCAUUCCAUGGAGUGAUGCUGACGUUGAGUAUGUCGUUGACUCGACAGGAAUCUUCGUCAAGGCAGAACGGGCUAAAGCCCAUCUGACUGACGGCGUCAAGAAGGUGAUUAUCUGCAGUCCAUCUGUCGAUGCACCCAUGUUUGUCUACGGCGUCAACGAGAAGAGCUACGAUAGCACAAUCGAUGUCUUAUCCUGCGCUUCUUGCACGACAAAUGCAAUAUCAGGCUUAGCCAAGGUCAUCAAUGAUAAGUUCACAAUUGCUGAAGCUCUCAUAACAACUAUACACGCCUAUACGGCUGCCCAGAAGCUUGUGGACGGGCCAUCUUCUAAGACUCUACGAGACGGUCGCAGUGCGCCACAAAACAUCAUUCCUAGUAGCACGAGUGCGGCAAUGGCAGUCGGAAAAGUCCUUCCUGAGCUGGAUGGAAAACUCACCGGCAUAGCCAUGAUCGUUCCCAUCUCUUCUGUCUCUCUCGUCGAUUUGACGUGUCGCGUCGAAAAGGAAACUUCUCUCGAGGACAUUAUAGAUGCCAUCAAAGAGGCUGCCAACGGAGACAUGAAAGGCAUACUCUCUUACACAGAGGACGAAGUCGUCUCGAACGACAUGAGGGGCAAUCCUAACUCGUGCGUCGUUGACGUCAAAGCCAGUAUUGUCUUGAAUAAGAAUUUCUUCAAGCUUGUUGGCUGGUACGACCAUCAAUGGGCCUACAGUCGCCGCGUUUUAGAUAUGAUCUCAUAUAUCGACACGUUGAACGCGACCGAGAAAGUGGCUCCAGAGUGAGCAGGAAAGGACCAGAGGUCUUUCAGCAUUGAGCA